AUUCUGUUUUUCCUGUGUCUCAGAAUUCAAUUGCUAGCUCGAUCUUUCUCUGUCUCCAAGCAUGAUACUUGACUUUGUCACCAACUUCAUCUUGCCCCCUAUUAUAGAGGCGUUGGGUUCCGAAUCGAUUUCACGUGCUUAUAGAUGGUGGACAGCUUCCGAUUCUUCUGACCAUGAGGCGCAGCUCACAAACCUUAGAAAUUCACUAAAGAUGAUCCAGUCUAUGAUCAAUGAUGCAGAGCGAAAACAGGGAGAAAAAAGUGAUGACCCUGUAAGGCUCUGGUUACAAGAUCUCCAAAGGCUAGCUUAUGAUGUUGAGGAUGUACUCGAUGAGUGUGAUUAUGAGCAUCUUCGCUGCUGUGUCGAGACUCGUGGGGAGAAGAAGAGGAAAAGGAGUACGAUCACUUCUGAUAUUGUUGACAAGAUAAAAGAUAUUAACGUGCGCUUUGAUGAAUUAAAAGAGCGUGCACGUCUACUUAAUCUAGUGUCACGCGAAUUUCAUCCAACUACCAUGCAAUUAACCAAGACAGACUCCCUUCUUGGUGAUUCAAAAGUCUCCGGAAGGGAAGAUGAUGUUUUGAGAAUUCUUGACAUGCUGGAUGACUUGAGGGAAAAAGGGUAUCUAAUCUCUGGUGUUUCCAUAGUUGGCAUGGGAGGCCUUGGAAAGACAACAGUAGCAAAAUUAAUAUACAAAAAGGCACAGGAAGAAAAGCGCUAUGAUCUCGUAGCCUGGGUGUGUGUCUUUGAAGACUUCAAUGAGGAAACAAUUUUAAGAGAGCUGUAUGAACAUUUUAAGGCUUGUCCCCAUCCAAGUAGCAUCAAUGUGCUUGUUGAAGAUCUUGCAAAAGAGUUAGAAAAGAAGAUUUUUCUACUCGUUCUCGAUGACGUGUGGAACAAAGAUUAUUCCAAGUGGAAUGCUUUCAGUGAUCGUCUCUCCAGACUUCUGAAGACAACUAGGAAUUCUAUUGUGGUGACAACUCGUGAUGAAGAGGUAGCAUUUGGGAUGAUGAAGAUGAAUCUUAUGCUAAAUUCUAUGCAAAUUUAUAAAAUGCGUAAGUUAUCGAGUCAUGAAUGCUGGUCAAUAAUUGAGGAGAAGGUUCUCAGAUUAUCAGGAAAGCAAUCAAUUUCUUCAGAUUUGAAAGAUAUUGGGGUGGAAAUUGCCAAAAAGUGUGGGGGCUUGCCAUUGAUUGCAAUUGUCAUUGGAGGAGCAUUGAGCCGUGAAGUUCAAACGAGUAUGUGGAAGGCUAUCAGAGAUAAUAAUGCAUGGAAUUUGGAUUCAGAAGAAGGAAAAUGGAUUUUAUCUGUAUUAAAAAUAAGUUUUGAUCAUUUGCUUCCACCUUUGAAAAAAUGCUUCUCUUUUUGUUCAUUAUUUCCAAAGGAUUUCAUCAUUGAAAAGGAUGAUUUAGUUCAACUUUGGAUGGCUCAGGGAUUUCUUCACCAACCUAAUGAAAGCUCCAUGACAAUGGAAGAAAUUGGUGAUGCCUACUUUAACUAUUUGUUAUCUAAAUCCUUAUUUCAAGAUGUGAAAAUGGAUGCACAUGGAGACAUCAAAUCUUGCAAGAUGCAUGAUGUAGUGCAUGAUCUGGCAUUAACCGUUGCAAAAGAUGAAACUUUAAUAGUGAAGGCUGGUUGCAAGAUUGAUGAAAAUGCUACUAUUUUACAUUUGAGAGUCAAGCAUGAUGGAAGUGGGGUUUUAGACAUUCCAACUGCUAUCCUUGGAAGGCUGCGUUCUUUGUUCAUAGAAGAGCGGGUUGAAGUUUUCAAUCAUGUGGCAUCUGAUCUUAAAAGUUUGCGAUCUUUAAAAUUAAUGGGAUCUUUAAAAUUGAGGACACCUAAGACGGAAGAGUUGUAUCCUGCUCUUGGUGAACUAAAGCAUUUGAGAUACCUUCACAUCUCGGAUAGCAAAAUAAAGGCACUACCAGGAUCCCUUUCCAUGCUCUACCAUUUGCAAACUUUUAGACUAGCGUGGUACUUAUCUGCUCUACAGAUGCCUGACAAUAUGAGCAAUCUAGUCAACUUGAGGCACAUUUAUUUUUAUAAUGACAAGCAUGUGCCAAAGGGGAUUGGGCACUUAACUUCCCUUCAAACAUUACCUUUGUUUUUUGUUGGCAAAGAAAAAGGGUGUGGCAUUGAAGAACUGAGAGGCUUAAGCCAACUUAGUGGAGAAUUGAAGAUUGGGAACCUACAACAAGUGGGGUCGAAAUCAGAAGCCACUAAAGCAGGCCUAAAGGAAAAGACAAGAUUGCACAAUUUGAAACUGGGAUGGAAUAGAUGGGAAGGAGACCAAAGCAACCAUGAGGAGGUUUUAGAAGGUUUUCAGCCUCACUCAAAUUUGAAAGGUUUAUUCAUUGGUUAUUACAAUGGAAAGAGCUUUCCGAAGUGGAUGAUGAGGGGUGUCAAUAACUCUAGUGCUACAUUUUUGUCAAAUAACCUAGUGGAGUUGAAUUUAGAGUCUUGGGAUAAUUGUGAACAUAUUCCUAGUCUAGGACUUCUACCUAGUCUCAAGUAUCUUCGCAUUUAUCGUUUUAAAAAUGUAAAAAGGAUGGGUCAUAAGUUUGAUACCACCAGAAGUAAUAGUCCAGGAGGAGUGGAACCAAUCAAACUGUUCCCAGCUUUGAGACGACUCACCUUAGGAUACAUGAAAACCUUAGAGGAAUGGGUUGAAGUCGAUGAUGAUGAUAUAGCAGUAGGAAGCAAAGUUGAGAUUGUGUUUCCUUCCCUUGAGAUUUUGGAAAUUUACAGUUGUCCUCAGUUGGAAAUUUGGCGGAUAGGUGGAUUUUCAUCUCAUCAUAAGCUGUCUUCCUUGGAGAUCAGUGGCUGUGACAAUUUGAUAGCUAUCCCAGAUAUGGAUGAGCUCUCAUCUCUUGAAACUUUUCGGAUACUUAAUUGUGGUGCAUUAACAUAUCUACCAAGUGGGCUGGGCUCCUCCAUUUCUCUUCAGGAUUUGUGCAUUUCACAUUGCAUUAAUCUACGAAGCGUUCCAGAAGGGUGCCUGCGCUACAUCACUAGAUUGAAGAAGUUAGAGAUGGGUCCUUUCUGCGAGGAAUUGGAAUUAUUCCCAGGACUCAGUUACAUCCAUCAGCUCAACUCCUCCCUUGAAGAUUUAGCAUUAUAUGGAUGGGAUAAAGUCAAGUCUUUGCCAGAUCAACUUCAACAUCUCAUUGCAUUGAAAAAAUUGACUCUUGAUGGAUUCAAAGGAGUGGAAGCUUUUCCAGAAGGGUUGGGAAACCUCGCUUCUCUUCAACAACUUUUCAUUUCUGAUUGUGGAAAUCUAAAGCAUCUGUUUCCACUCCAAGCCUUAAGAUCCCUUCAUAGUUUAUCGAUUGGUCCUUUCUUCUCGGAGUUGGAGGAGAUUCCAACUCUCAGUUGCACCCAUCACCUUCAUGCUUCCCUGAAAUAUUUAGGUUUGCAAGGAUGGGAUAAAGUAAAGUUUUUGCCAGAUCAGCUUCAGCAUUUCACUUGCCUCCAGAAAUUGUGUCUAGAAAAUUUCAACAGAGUGGAAGUUUUACCAGACUGGUUGGGAAACCUCUCUUCUCUUCGACAGCUGCACAUUACAAAUUGUGGUAAUUUGAUGAGUAUGCCUUCUGUUGAAGCCAUGCAACGCCUCACCAACUUACGAUAUCUUGAGAUUGUUGGAUGCCCCAAAUUGAAGGAAAGAUGCACCAAAUAUAGCAGAGCUGAAUGGUCCAAGAUUUCCCACAUUCUCCAAAUCAACAUAGAUGGGCAAGAGCCUUGGACAGUGGCAGUUGGAGAAGAAGAAUGUAAUGAUGUUCAAGAAAUGCUAAGAAGACUUAUUUCAGCUCUUUCAGCUCUCUUCUUUUCUGCUGAGAAGAAUAUGCUUGGUACCAGUGUUAAUGGUGGGCGAGAAGGUCGACCAAUUGGAGUUUACGAGCUUGCAGAAGCAGUCAAAGAGCUGGGAGCAGGAGAAAUACUGCUUAACUGUAUUGAUUGUGAUGGUAUUGAACCUCCACACUCAUCAUGAAUAAAAAUUCAAGGCUGUUGUGUCAACAUCUUUAAUUUUGUUGGCUUGGCUCAAUUAGGACUUGUUUACCAUAAUUAAGAUUGUGAUUGUAAGGAACAAGAUUACAUGUUGCUUUUACCGGAGCAGGUCUGAGUAAUUAAGAACAAAUCUUGUAAUUUCUUCAUUAGUCUGUGUUUAGUGAACCUCAAUAUAUCAUCAAUUGAGUA